CUCCCAACACACACAGUACAGAAGCAGAGAGAGAGAGAGAGAGAGAGAGAGAGAGAUUUGUCUUUGAGAUUUCUUGUCUGUGGUCUUCAACUGUGUCAUUGAGUGGUGAGCGUUGGGUAGAGGAGCAUCGAAGUGAACUAGUGAAGGGAGAAGCUAAGUAGUAGGAAUAAAAAUGAAGAAGAUUGAAUGGAGCAGGUAUAGAGGAUUAAAAGCGUUGAUUCAUCUAUUGGUGCCGCUGUGUGUGCAUUUCAUCGCAGAAGAGAUGACGGUUCCCUUGCUCGUCGACGUUACCACCAAAGCUUUAUGCGAUAAUGAUGAUGGUGGUGCUACAUCAACCUCUUGCCCUCAGGCCAUCUAUCUUAACGGAUUCCAACAAACGGUUGUUGGGAUAUUCAGGGUGGUGAUGCUUCCUUACCUGGGGCAACUUGCUGACGAGUAUGGGCGCAAACCACUGCUCCUUUUUACAAUAUCCGCCAGCAUAUUCCCUUUCGCUGUACUUGCUUGGAGUGACUCAAAAAAAUAUCUUUAUGCUUACUAUGUGCUCCGUAUGAUUUCACAUAUCAUAAGUCAAGGAAGCCUUUCCUGUAUCUCUGUUGCAUAUGUGGCUGAUGUUGUGGAAGACAACAGUAUGAGGGCUGCAGCAUUUGGAUGGAUUACAGGUCUUUUUGCUGUUUCAAAUUUCCUGGGUAAUCUGUUGUCACGUGUUCUUCCUGAAGAUUACAUUUUCGAGGUAUCCAUUAUCUUGUUAGCAGUUUGUCCAGUUUAUUUGAAGCUAUUUCUGGUUGAAACAAUUAAGCCAGUUCCAAGGCAGGACCAACAUUCAUCUUGUUUGGAAACAAUUAAUAAUGUCUGUAAGAAUCAAUACCAAUCUGUGAAGAAUGGUCUAGCUGUGGGUUGUAACAGCGGGACAUUGAAGCAAAUUGCUCUAAUUACCUUCCUCUAUAAGUUGGGAAUGUCUGGCAUCGCCAGUGUCUUAUUGUACUAUCUAAAGUCAGUUUUUGCUUUCAACAAGAAUCAAUUUUCUGAUAUCCUGAUGUUGGUUGGAAUAGGUUCUAUUUUUUCUCAGAUUUUGGUGCUUCCACUUAUAAAUCCUCUAGUGGGAGAGAAAGGAAUUUUGUGCAUAUCCUUGCUUGCAUCAACAGCAUAUGGAUUAUUCAAUGGUUUGGCAUGGGCACCUUGGGUUCCAUAUAUCAGUGCCUCGUUUGAAGCAGUCUUUGUUCUUAUGGAACCAGCUACUUAUGCUAUUGUUUCAAAAGCAACAAGUUCAACCAAUCAGGGAAAAGCCCAAGGAUUUAUCUCUGCUGUGCAAUCAAGUGCAACUUUGCUUUCACCGCUUGCAAUGAGUCCACUGACUUCAUUGUUCCUAUCAAGCGAGGCCCCAUUUGAUUGCAAAGGUUUCAGUCUCUUGUGUGCCUCCGUUUUUAUGGUGUUUGCUUUGUUUUUCGCUUUGAGGUUGAACUUAGACAAUGGAACCUCAGCUAGUGAUCCUGGGGACAACAGUGACAAUAUUGGAGCACCUCUCCUCUCAUGAUAACUAAUGGCUGACAAGGUCAUUAUGGUAAAAAAAAAUUACACAGCUUUCCCUACAGAAGUAAAGUGAGGAAGCAUCAAGGCCUACAGAAGUAAAGUAAAUGUUGGGUUCAAAAUUUCCACUACCUGUCUUGACUAUGCACUGUAAAUCUUUGAUGUGCCUAUAAUGCAAUAUGUUUUUGUAAGUUCUUCUGUGAUAUAUGUAAAAAAAUGAGUUAAUCUAUUGCAACUCUGUUUCCUCCCCAUAAUUAUGUAAAGUUCUGGUUUUCUUGGUAAUCCCUUUGGGAUCACCACUUUGAUGAGAAAUGGAUGCUUGGAAUCUGUGGAAGUUCUGCACCA